AUGAAGCCGGAAGAGAAUAAAGAAGAACAUGUACCUGAGAGCCAGCCUGUUUACCCAACUUUAAAUGAAGCUGAUCCACCUCCAUACCCUGGUCUACUCCCGUCCCGUCCAGCGUCCCCAGGUGGUAUAGUACUAUACCAGGUAACUCCAGAGAGGGUGGUGACUCCAAUUGCAUUAGCUUCGACGGUCAUUGUCGAUCAACCGUUGGGUCCGACACCCUCUACACUGAUAUGUAGAUCAUGCCAUCAGGAAACAACGACAAGAGUUAGAAGAAAUCCCACGAUACGAACACAUCUAAUGGCCAUACUGCUAUGUGUGUUCGGGUUAUGGUUCUGCGCAUGUUUGCCAUACUGUGCUGACACAUGUUUGAAUUUGGAUCAUUAUUGUACAAAUUGCGACGCUUAUCUGGGUACGUAUCGUAAUUAA